GUAAAAUCGCUUCUAUUUGAGAUCGGUCGGAGAGAGACAGUGUAUAGCUUCCUUGGACAUGAUGAGCAGGUCUGGAGCUUUUGUGAGUUAAAGAGGAAGAACGCAGUACUACAACGAAUUGAUUGAGGUCCUAUUAUUUGUUAUGAUCUGGUUUGGAUUCAAUUUGAUUAUGAUCUGUAUUGUUAUGGAUUUUGAGGCAAUGGAAGAGUAUUGGGGAAUGAAGUGAUAUAUUUCAGGAACAAGGCUCUCAUGGUUGAGCCAACAAGGCAACAAGGCAUCAAUUUGCAGAACUGCUCAUGUUGUUAUCUUCACUUGCAAAUACCCCAUUUCCUCUGCCCUCAUCUGAAAUUGUCCCUUUUCUAGUUGGCAUUCUAGAGUCAGAUUCGAGCAAUGUCGAAACCAAACAGUGGGGUGCACUUCACAACCUAUCCACCAUGUUGGACAAUGCAGGAGAUUUAGAUUCCAAUGGCGUAGUGGACACACUUUUGAAAUUGUCCUCCGAUAAAGAAAUCUCUGAGAACGCUCUUGCAACAUUGGGGAACUUGGUUGUGACCUUAAUGGGGAAGAAGGCUAUGGAAGAAUCUUUUGUGCUUUUUCAAGCAGAGCGGAAAAAAAGAACCUGAUGAGAUGAGUCACCUAUAUGAGGAUGAAGAGGAUUACGAACAAAAUGGAUAUGACGAUAGUGAGACACAAGAUGUUGGUGGCGACUUUAAUAUUCAACAAGACGACGACAGCGAGACACAAGAUGUUGGUGGCAUGUUUCAUCAGCAAGAUGACAUCAAUGUUUCGUCAGAGGCGACUGGGGGAAUAAAGAAGCACCGUGGUCCAAACCAGAAGAAUUGGGCAAUGGAGGGUCGGGAAAAGCUCUUGUGGAAUCGUUUUGGACUUCCUAAGGGUCCACGAUUGAAGGUGGCAAGAUUCUCAAGAUUCUUGGGUAUUUUGGCAAAAGACUUUACACUUUUUCCAAUUAGUACACCUGACUACCGGAAUUUCAAUGCUAGUGACAAUCUUGAAAGGGCUUGGAAUCGUGUUAAGGAAACUAUUGAUUGGUCUAAUCCUUGGGUUGCAAGUUUGGAAGGUAAAAUCAAGAAAAGGGUGAAGAGCAAGUUAAAUGAACGGUGGAAGCAAUGGAAGUCUGAGUUGCGCAAAAAAUGGUAUAAACCAUUCAUGAACACACCACGUAGGUUUCAAAAGCCUAAUGAUGAUCGUGUAAAUGAGCGUCAAUGGAAAAUUUCUGUUGCAAACAUGGACAAGAAGAAGCAUCAGAGAAUAGCAAGCAUCAACAAAAGAAAUCGGUCUCAAAAGAAGAUGAACCAAUCAACAGGGACUCGAACAUAUGCAAAUGUCGCUCAUGAAUAUGAAAUUUCCCAUGGUAAAGAGCCAGAUAGGUGGGAGUUAUUUAAAUUAACUCAUCAAAGGAAAGGGUCCCAAGAACCAAUCGAUGCAGCAUCUGCAAAGGCAAUUGCGGAUUUUGAAGAGGCUGAACAAAAGAGGCUAAGCAUGAAUGUUGACAUCACUGCUCCAGAAAUCCGUGAAGAAAUGUAUGCUGAAGUUCUUGGUAAGGAGAAGGGGAACAGAGUGAGAGGUGUUGGAGCAGGGGUUACUUGGGAUGAAGUCCCUGGAAUCCAUGUUGAAGAGCGAGGAGUAUCAAGAGAAGUGAAACAGUUGCGAGAGCAAUUGGAAGAGCAAGCGAAAAAGGCACAAGAGAGAGAAGCACACAUGAUGGAGGAACUACAAAGCAAAAUGGCUGACCAAACAAAACGGAUGGAACAAUUGCUUGAAGUAAGAUGCGUAGAGAUGGCACUCCAAAAAAUGGGAGAGAUGUUUAAACAAUGCGGAAUAUCAGUGGAUACACAAGAAGAUGUCAUGCAAACAAUGUCUCAGUUUGCUCGUGACACGUCUCAAAGGCCGUCGACUGUUGUUUUUUCACCAGAUGAUGAUGUCUACCGUCCUACAAUGCCAUUUGAUUGCCCCAAUAUGCAAAUUGAUUAAUCAAAUUGAUCCACGCCAUCGUUAUGGACAGAAUCUGUACUUGUAUUAUGAUGUGUGGUUUAAUAGUGGGAGCUUUCAACCUUUCUUCUACUGGCUGGAUGUUGGAGAUGGCAAAGAAGUGAAUCUCGACAAGUGCCCAAGAACUGAACUGCAUCAUCAAUGCAUUAAAUACCUUGGACCAAAAGAGAGGGAUGCUUAUGAAGUGAUUGUGGAAAGUGGGAAGCUUAUGUACAAACAAAGUGGGAACCUUGUGAAUACUCCUGAAGGUUCUAAAUGGAUCUUUGUACUCAGCACAUCAAGGAACAUGUACGUAGGGGAGAAGAAGAAACGCCUUUUCCAGCACUCUAGUUUUCUAGCUGGAGGUGCCACCAUUGCAGCCGGAAGACUGGUUGCUCUUAAUGGGCUUCUUGAGGUGUGUUUCUCAAUAGACAAGUUUCAACGUUAGAUCAAUAGUUUUCUUGCCAUACAUUUUAGAACCUCUUACUUACAUUCUGUUCAGGCUGUAUGGUCCUAUAGCGGUCAUUAUUGCCCAACAGAAGAGAAUUUCAUGGAAUUCAUUAGUUUCUUAGAGGAGCUUCAUGUGGACUUGACAGAUGUUAAAGUAAUUAUUCUUAAACAUUCAUAUUCAUGGGGUACAUUAACUGGCCUAUAUUUGGUGCUUAAGCUAGAGCAUUGAUUUCAAAUCAUCUUAUUAACCUAUCUAAAUUAUUCUUUUAAUUGCUCUCUGCAGAAAUAUCCGAUAGAUGAUGAUAUUCCACCUUCAUCUGCUACCAAGAAAGAAAUAAACUGAAUCAGAUUCUAUUAAGAAGCAUCCUCUUGAACAUAACUCAUCAUCCUCAUGAUCUGCAAAUAUUAAUUGAUGUUGAUGGUGCACACAGAUUGUACAUGCAUAAUUAACCUAGACAUAGCGUAGGUAGUCCAUGUUUCUUAUAUCUCACAUUCUCACUUCUGUCACUACUAGCAUAUGCCUUAUAGAACACUUUAAUUUUUCUGUAUCUUUUGCUCUAGAGAAUAUGGAUAACCGUAUCAAAAAGUCAUUAGGUACGGUGCAGCCACGGAAUGAAAAAGGGUAUCCUCUAUUGCAGGCUCUAG